CUGUCAACAAAAUAUGAAAAUAAUUGUUUUAAUACAAACAACGAAAAUAACGAUGGUUUCCGUAUUGGCAAACCUUGGCGACUUCAUUGAGGUUUGGUGAGACGGUGAAAUCAGAACACGAACCCCAAUAAAGUAAAGAGAAGUUGGUUCUACAGUUUUCGCGAGUCAAGUGUGGGUCAGAAUUCAGAAACUGAAUCACUAACUCCAAUCAAAAACCGUUUAUUUGAAUCCAAAUUUGUAUAUACCAAAUCUGUGACUGUUAAUCAGAGCUGAUACCAGUGGGUUCAAGCUGUGAAGUUGAUUGCAUGCGAAGACCCAGAAAUAUGAGGCCAAAUAUCGUUUCUGAGGCGGGGGUGCCUACUAGGUUAAAUCAAUGGUGGGAAAGCAUUCCAUUCCUUACUUCUGCAGUGGUGGUCGUGUGUGGAAUCAUUUACUUGGUUUGUCUUUUGGUUGGAUAUGAUUCCUUCGCCGAGGUUUGCUUCUUGCCGUCUGCUGUUGUAUCGCGGUUUCAAGCUUACAGGAUUUAUACCUCCAUUAUUUUCCAUGGUUCACUGCUUCAUGUUCUCUUCAACAUGAUGGCUUUGGUUCCCUUGGGCUCUGAGCUGGAAAGGAUAAUGGGCUCAGUUCGCUUGCUAUAUGUCAUUAUUUUGUUGGCUACAAGCAAUGCCAUAUUCCAUAUUCUCAUAGCACUGCUGGUGGCACAUAAUCCUUUUGUUACAUAUGAUUACCUCAUGAAUGAGUGUGCAAUAGGGUUCUCAGGAGUUCUAUUUUCGAUGAUUGUCAUAGAGACAAGCCUGAGUGGAGUUCAAUCCAGGAGUGUGUUUGGAUUGUUUAAUGUGCCUGCCAAGUGGUAUGCAUUCUUUUUGUUGGUAGUGUUCCAGCUUCUCAUGCAAAAUGUCUCGCUACUUGGACACCUUUGUGGCAUUUUAUCUGGGUUUGCGUAUACAUAUGGCUUGUUUAAUUUCCUAAUACCUGGGACAUCUUUCUAUUCUUCUAUUGAAACAUCCUCCUUGCUUUCAUCAUGUGUGCGACGUCCAAAAUUUAUUGUUUGCACUGGUGCAAAUCCUUCGGGUUAUAUUCCUACACAUGCAAGCCAAAAUUCAACAACUGGUGGAAUACUUUCUGGAAAUAUUUGGAGGAACCUAUCAUCAUAUAUGCCUCAAAGGGAAGUGUCUACUCAGUCAACUGAGGACAGUAGGUUCCCUGGGAGGGGAAGGGCCCUUGGUUCUGGUCAAGGUCAAAUGGCUUCUGCUCUUCAUUCUGAUUCAAACCUUCAAGCUAGACUCUUGGAGGAUAGCAGUCCCAAUCAUCCUUUAGAUUCAUCUGCUCUUAGUACUACUCAACAGUUGUCAGAAGGAAGGCAUUCAGUUGAUAAUGUUGCUACAGCACCUGCAGGUGUUCCUCAACAUCAGGGUGCAGUUGCUUCAGAAGAAGGAAUAAAAAAACUCGUAUCAAUGGGCUUUGACAGGACGCAGGUGGAAGUGGCACUGGCCGCCGCUGACGGUGAUCUUAAUGUGGCAGUGGAAAUACUCAUGAGUCAGCAGGGUUAAAACCAGAAAGAUUCUCUUGGAUUCCCAGAGAGACUUCCUUGACACUGUUAAUUGAGUAUCUCUCUCUGCAUUGUUCAAUCACUGUCUUUGUGUUUAAUCUUUGGAUCCAACCACUAACAGUUGCUGAUACCUGACUGCCAUGCUAACACGCCAAGUAGCAGAAUUUAACAUAUAUGUAAACAGGAUAAGCGAUGCUAUUGCCAUAACACGGUUGAAUGUGAUGUUUAAUUGAAGAGAUUCUUGACGAGAUAGGUGUAGCUAAAUUGAAAGCAUUUUGUUUCGGUUGACUUUUUUUUUUUUUUAUUCCU